AUGGGAGAUGAUGAAACAGUCGUUUCUCAAACAUCAGCUGUCGAUGAUUAUUCAUCUCCUUCUUAUUCCGCCUCUGAUUAUGAUAAUAUAACCUUUGAUAUUACUGGAAAGUCAGAGGCUACAGAUGUUGGUCAACAGGUUCCAUCUACUGCCUCACAAGAUGUUAGUGAGAAUGGAGUUGGUUCAUAUAGUGUUCAUACUUCUGCAUCUACACAACAAUUGGUGGAUAUUUCUGGUAUAUCUUCAUGGCUUUUACAUUCUUUAUUAUUUUUAAUUUUGGGUCUGACUUUUGAGAUUAAUGCAACAUUAUCUCCUGAAGAAGACCGAUUGUGGAACAUGGUAAAAGCCUAUUCACUGGAUUUUAAUGCAUGGACUGCACUAAUAGAGGAGACAGAGAAAACAUCAGAGGCCAAUGUGUUGAAGAUCAGGAAAGUUUAUGAUGCAUUUUUGGCUGAAUUUCCUCUGUGUUAUGGCUACUGGAAGAAGUUUGGAGCAGAUGCGAUGGAAAUAGUUGCUUUGUGGACAAAAGGGCUAUGCGUUGAGAUUUCACAAAGACAAUUACAAAAUCAGCAUAAUGAUAUUGAUGAUGACUCUGUCUCUGAGUUUGUUAGUCAAGAUUUAGCAGGAUGGAGUGUUGUUGAUGUUGGAACAACCAAUGGGCUGCUUCUUCAAGAGCUUGCUAAACAAGGGUACAUUAUUAUAACAAUACAUAAUUCCUCCUUAUAG